UUCUUAGGCCUUAGCACUGGGUGAUGAUGCCGCCAUCUUAAAGUGCAGUGUCAUCAGCUUUGAUCAGCGCGCUCCGUAAAAGUGGAUGACGAUUGUCCGAUCGGUCUCGUUUGCGUAAAAUAGCGAUUUUUUCUACAUCGACAAGUAUGUCGAGCGGAGCGCUUUUCGGUAACACCGCCUCGCGCGGAGCCUCGAAAAAUCUCGUGGAAUUUAAGGCCGGCAAGAUGACUAUGAAGGAUAAAAUGGUUUAUCCGGACACGCGAAAGGGUCAACUCUAUGUCUAUCAGUCCGAUGAUUCGUUGAUGCAUUUCUGCUGGAAGGACCGCACAACUGGCGUAGUCGAGGAUGACUUAAUAAUCUUCCCUGAUGAUUGUGAAUUUAAACAUGUUCCUCAAUGUAAAACUGGCAGAGUAUAUCUCCUACGGUUCAAGUCAUCGAGUAAGAAGUUCUUCUUUUGGCUGCAGGACCUCAAAACGGAUAAAGAUGAGGAACAUUGUAGAAAGAUCAAUGAUGUACUUAACAAUCCACCAACUCCUGGAUCCCAGAGAAGCGGCAGCACUAACCCCGAAGGGGAUCUUCAGAAUUUAUUGAACAACAUGUCGCAACAACAGCUUAUACAAUUGUUUGGUGGCGUCAGCCAGAUUGGUGGCCUUGGCAGCUUAUUAGGCACAAUGAAUAGACCGCAUGGUGUUCAAAGCACAAGAGCUUCCACUACAACCUCAUCCACCUCAGCAGCCACAAACACACCUAGAAUCACUCAUUCAUUGACCCCUGGUUCUACUACAGACUCGUCUAAAUCUUCAAAUAAUAAUAACCAAUUAUCAGCGAGAACACCAGCUCCGUCCACACCGUCCGCUCCGGCAACAACGGGUCCAAGCAAUAAAAUACAGCUUAGCGACUUGCAGAAUUUUCUAUCGGAAAUUCCAACGCCACCGCCGGUGGAAGUAACAGUGCAGAGGGGCGUAGCGACAGAGCUGACCAAUGCCAUCCCAGGGGCGAUUUCCACGACGGAGAGCCUGGAGAGUGCCAUGAACAUGCACUUGCCGCCCGGGGACAACCUGUGUACCACGCUCUCGUCCCCCCAGUUCUCCCAGGCGCUAUCAAUGUUCUGGUCUGCUUUGCAGUCGGGCCAGGCGGGCCCAGUCGUCCGUCAGUUUGGCCUGGGACCGGACGCCGUCAAUGCCGCGGCCAGUGGCAACAUCGAAGAGUUUGUCAGCGCGCUGGAGUCCGAAGCGAAGAACGGUCAAGGACAGCAAGCGCAGCAACAGCAGGGGCAAGACGACAAGAGCAAGAAGCAGCCGUCGUCGUCGGCCGCUAGUCCCGAUAAGAAGGAUGAUGACGAUGAGGGCAUGGCUUUAGACUAAGGAUAGGCUUUGCGCGUCUUUCAUUGCUUUCUUCUUCUUUUGUCUCGUUUUCUUUUUUCUUUUCACUUUUCUCAAUCGUAUGCGAUGUGCAGUAAUGUCGCAACAAUCUGCGUGUACGGCGAGAAAUUUCCUCCCAGAGACGCGAUUUUUUCCCGAUUUAAUUUGUAGACAUUUCGAUAACAUGCUUACACCAGUACGUAUGUGAAUGUUUUCUUUCCCAAGUGUUCGAUAAUCCUGUAUUUAUACAUAUGAAUGAGCAAUCCUGUUGAUGAAUAGUUCAAUAGAAAAAAAAAAAUUGGAAGAUGUCAUCAAGUCAUUUUAUUCAAGUUACACGUAUGUACGGAAAUUAAUAUUGUUAAACCGAUUUUGUAUACGAUAAACAAAAGUCUACUGGAUCUAUCGAAUUGUGAAUACUUAAAUAUAACAAAUUUUAACAGAAA